AAAGACUCCUUCAAUAAAUGUUCUUUAAUAGCAAAUUACAUAAAUAACGUAUAAUGUCGGAUCGUCGCAUGUUCGCCCAAUUAGCCAGCAGGCCCUUGAAGGGUCCAAUUUCGACUAAGAUGGUAUUAUAAUGGCCCUUUCUCAUGGCUUUCUCCGAAUACAAUUUGCAUCUCGUGGCCUCGCUGCUAAGAUUAUUAGUGGUAACUAAGUUCAUCCGUAUUGGUAUCGCUGACAAGAAUGACAACCCGCCAUAUUUCGAUAAAGCGCUAUACGAAGCAGAAGUGGACGAAAAUGAAGACAUUCAACACACCGUUCUCACCGUCACCGCCAAGGAUCACGAUGAAUCCUCUCGUAUUCGAUACGAGAUCACAAGCGGUAACAUAGGGGGCGCUUUUGCUGUAAAAAACAUGACUGGUGCCAUCUACGUGGCGGGUGCCUUGGAUUACGAGACGAGAAAAAGGUACGAGCUAAGGCUGGCGGCAUCGGAUAACCUUAAGGAAAACUACACGACGGUGGUUAUUCACGUGAAAGACGUGAAUGACAAUCCGCCGGUGUUUGAAAGGCCCACGUACCGCACUCAAAUCACUGAAGAAGACGAUAGGAAUUUACCAAAAUCUGUUUUAAGGGUUACAGCAACAGAUGGCGAUAAAGACCGUCCCCAAAACAUAGUUUACUUUCUUACCGGCCAGGGAAUCGAUCCCGAUAAUCCGGCCAAUAGCAAGUUUGACAUUAACCGGACCACUGGCGAAAUAUUCGUACUAAAGCCUUUAGAUAGAGAUCAGCCAAAUGGCCGACCUCAAUGGAGAUUCACCGUCUUCGCCCAAGAUGAAGGUGGUGAAGGUCUCGUAGGCUACGCCGAUGUCCAAGUGAACCUAAAAGACAUCAACGAUAACGCCCCAAUUUUCCCACAAGGAGUCUACUUUGGAAACGUUACUGAAAACGGUACUGCCGGAAUGGUAGUGAUGACUAUGACUGCAGUGGACUAUGAUGAUCCUUCCGAGGGCACCAACGCUCGCCUAGUCUACUCUAUCGAAAAGAACGUGAUAGAAGAGGAAACUGGAUCACCGAUAUUCGAAAUCGAAUCGGAAACCGGUGUAAUUAAAACGGCCGUUUGUUGCCUGGAUCGCGAGCGCACUCCGGAUUAUUCGAUACAAGUGGUGGCAAUGGACGGGGGUGGGUUAAAAGGGACAGGGACAGCCAGUAUAAGAGUGAAAGACAUCAACGAUAUGCCUCCGGCAUUUACUAAGGACGAGUGGUUUACAGAAGUGGAUGAAACGGAUGGUAGUGCUUUACCGGAAAUGCCUAUUUUAACCGUGACUGUACACGAUGAGGAUGAAACCAAUAAAUUCCAAUACAAAGUGAUCGAGAAUAGCGGUUACGGUGCAGAUAAGUUCACAAUGGUACGGAACAAUGAUGGCACCGGAUCGUUGAAAAUCGUUCAACCGUUGGAUUUUGAAGAUCUACUGCAAAGUAAUGGGUUCAGGUUUAGGAUUCAAGUGAACGACAAGGGUGAGGACAACGAUAACGAUAAAUAUCACGUGGCUUACAGUUGGGUGGUGGUGAAGCUGCGAGAUAUCAACGAUAAUAAGCCGAUAUUUGAACGACCUAAUAUUGAGGUCAGUGUGCCGGAGAAUGCGGAGGUUGGGAAGAGUUUGGAGACGUUUAAGGCUACUGAUCCAGAUCAAGGUGGAAAGAGUAAGGUUUCUUAUACAAUUGACCGUAGUUCAGACCGAAAACGACAAUUUUCAAUAAACCAAGAGGGAACCGUAAGCAUCCAACGCUCUUUAGAUCGUGAAGAUACGCCCAGACAUCAAAUUAAAAUUUUGGCAAUUGAUGAUGGAAUUCCUCCAAAAACCGCUACGGCAACCCUCACAGUUAUUGUUCAAGAUAUAAAUGAUAAUGCUCCGAGGUUCCUAAAGGACUAUCGUCCAGUUAUCACUGAACACGUGGGAAAUAAGAAGACAACCGUCAUCACAAAGGUAGUGGAAAUCCUAGCAACAGAUGACGAUGACAGAUCAAAGAGCAAUGGACCGCCAUUCCAAUUUCGUAUGGACCCAAGCGCUAGCGAUUUCGUUAAGGGCAGUUUUAGAGUGGAACAGGAUCAAAAGGGUGCAAACGGCGAUGGAAUGGCCAUAGUAACGGCCUUGAGGGCUUUCGAUAGGGAGGAUCAAAAAGAGUAUCAUAUUCCGAUUGUUAUUAAGGAUCAUGGUAAUCCGGCUAUGACUGGUACAAGCACUUUGACUGUGGUUAUUGGGGAUGUUAAUGAUCAUAAAAUGCAACCGGGAACAAAGAAUAUUUUUGUUUAUAAUUAUCAAGGCCAAUCUCCAGAAACCGAAAUAGGUCGUGUGUAUGUUUACGACCUGGAUGACUGGGAUUUGCCCGAUAAAAAGUUCUAUUGGGAAAACAAUUCCGAACAUCCAAGAUUUAAAUUAAACGAGGACACAGGCAUGAUUUCAAUGCGUCACGGUACUAGGGACGGAAUUUACCACUUAAGAUUUAAGGUAUACGAUAGGAAACAUACACAAACAGAUGUUCCAGCAAAUGUAACAGUAACGGUAAAAGAAAUCCCUCAUGAGGCGGUCAUAAACUCUGGAUCAGUGCGGGUUUCAGGCAUAACUGACGAGCAAUUCAUACGAGUAUGGGAUUAUCGAUUACAUGAUCUCCCCAAGUCAAUGGCAGAGAAAUUCCGGGAUAAAAUUGCUGAACUAUUAAACAUCGAUAGGGAAAAUGUGGACGUGUUCAGUGUUCAACUGCGUAGAAAACACCCUCCUGUUACGGAUAUUAGAUUUUCUGCCCACGGUGGCUCUCCUUAUUAUAAACCCGUAAGAUUAAACGGGAUGGUUUUGAUGCAUCGAGAGGAGAUUGAAAGGGCUGUAGGGAUUAAUAUAACUAUGGUUGGAAUUGACGAGUGUUUAUAUGAAAAUCAGAUGUGUGAAGGCUCCUGUACGAAUACUUUGGAUAUUAGUGCGUUGCCGUAUAUGGUCAAUGCAAAUAAAACAGCUCUCGUUGGUGUAAGAGUGGAUGUAAUGGCCGAAUGCACCUGUGGCGCCAGAAACUUUUCCAAAGAAGAAAACUGCCGAAACACCCCCUGCUAUAACGGUGGAAGAUGUAGUGAAACCCGGUUCUCUUUAAGCUGUUCCUGUCCUGCAGGAUAUAACGGUCCUCGCUGCCAACAAACAGCUCGAAGUUUCCGAGGUAAUGGAUGGGCAUGGUACCCUGCCCUCGAUAUGUGCGAUAAGAGUCACUUACACUUCGAAUUCGUAACAAGAAAAGGGGACGGACUUUUAUUAUAUAACGGCCCAAUAGUACCACCGGAAAAGGAUGAGGUGAUGGUGUCCGAUUACAUCGCGAUAGAACUGGAACGCGGCUAUCCAAGACUGUUACUAGAUUUCGGUAGUGGCACUUUGGAAUUAAGGGUCAAGACGAAAAAGACUUUGGAUGAUGGCGAGUGGCAUCGGCUGGAUAUAUUUUGGGAUACCGAGAAUGUCCGGAUGGUGGUUGAUUUUUGUAAAAGUGCUGAUAUUGUUGAACUGGAAGAUGGAACUCCACCAGAAUUCGAUGAUUCUAGCUGCCAAGCUCAAGGAACAAUUCCGCCCUUUAACGAGUACUUAAAUGUCAAUGCACCUCUACAACUUGGAGGUCUUUACGUAGAACAGUUUGAUCCCACUUAUUACCAUUGGCAAUACAUGCCUGUGGGAAAGAGUUUUGACGGUUGCAUCCGGAAUUUAUUCCACAAUUCGAAGCUGUAUGAUUUGGCACAUCCGGGACUUUCUAGGCACAGUAUGGCCGGGUGUCCGCAGACUGACGAUUUUUGCCAAAGAACUGAUACGACUGCAAGAUGCUAUGAACACGGAACAUGCGUAGGCAGCAUGCACGAAGUGAAAUGUCAAUGCCACCCAGGCUUCAUCGGACCCUCAUGUACAACUCCCACCAUACCCACAACAUUCCACCCUCAAUCCUAUGUAAAAUAUGCUCUAAGCUUCGAACCGGAUCGAUUCUCCACCCAAAUUCAGCUCAGAUUCCGCACACGCGAGGUCCAUGGGGAAUUAUUCCGCGUAUCAGACCAACACAAUCGCGAAUACGGCAUUUUGGAAAUAAAAGAUUCCAGACUGUACUUUAGGUACAAUUUGAACUCGCUUAGGACAGAAGAGAAAGAUAUUUGGUUGAGCGCAGUACCUGUGGAUGAUGGGCAGUGGCACGUUGCCAGAGUUUCUCGAUAUGGUAGUGCGGCAACGUUGGAACUGGAUGGUGGAGAGGGACGGAGAUAUAAUGAAACGUUCCAUUUUGGAGGCCAUCAGUGGUUAUUGGUUGAUAAGCAGGAGGGAGUAUACGCCGGCGGGAAGGCGGAGUAUACUGGAGUAAAAACAUUUGAGGUUUAUGCGGAUUAUCAAAAGGGUUGCAUUGAUGAUAUCCGACUAGAAGGUAAGCAAUUACCUCUUCCACCAGCAAUGAACGGCACUCAAUGGGGCCAAGCUACAAUGGCCCGGAACUUGGAUCGGGGUUGUCCAUCAAAUAAACCCUGUAUGAACGUUCAUUGUCCUGGACCAUUUGAAUGCGUGGAUCUGUGGAAUGAUUUUGAAUGCACCUGCGGCGAGGGUCGCGUUAUGUCCUCCGACUCGAAAGACUGCACCGACAAAGACGAGUGUCUGGAUCUGCCUUGUUUGAAUGGCGGUACCUGCCUUAAUCUGGAACCGGAUCUGCGGUACCAAUGCAACUGUCCCGACGGUUUCUGGGGCGAAAAUUGCCAACUGAUCCAGGAAGGGCAAACGUUGAAAUUGUCUAUGGGCGCGUUGGCGGCCAUCUUGGUUUGCCUGUUGAUCAUUUUGAUAUUGGUCCUGGUCUUCGUAGUCUACAACCGUAGAAGGGAAACUCACAUAAAGUACCAAGGAGGUCCAGACGAUGACGUGAGAGAAAACAUCAUAAAUUAUGAUGACGAGGGAGGCGGCGAAGAUGAUAUGACAGCAUUCGAUAUCACGCCAUUGCAAAUUCCCAUCAAUGGACAUCAUCCUGAUUUGGAUCCUGCUAAACUGGCAUUUACCAUGAUGGUGCAAGAUGGUCAAGAACCUAACGUGGGCAACUUCAUCGAGGAGCAUAAAAAACGGGCCGACAGCGACCCUAACGCACCCCCAUUUGACGACUUAAGAAACUACGCUUAUGAAGGGGGUGGUAGCACCGCUGGAUCGCUUAGCUCCUUGGCAUCUGGUACCGAUGACGAACAACAAGACUACGGCUACUUGGACGCGUGGGGCCCCAGAUUCGACAAAUUGGCCGACAUGUACACGGCCCCCGGAGAGGAGACUGAACUGGAGGAGUAAACCCGACCUUUUUACUCACCCUCACCUUUUACUCACUUCGAUACCAAAGAUAUACCUAAGUCGUAAGAUCUCAAUUCCUCACACUUCUUUUAAAUUAAAUUUAACGAUGACUAAAAAAAGAAGAAACCCCUUUAAAUUAGGUAAAAAAAAUAAUUAUGAUAAAACGAAAUUCGUGUGUGUGUCCCUUUUACCUAUACAUGCCCCCCUUGAAACUCGAAAUGAUGAUGCUUUGAUGUAACAACUGUGUGUUUUAAGUAACUAUUAUAAGACUGUCUACCAGUGUACGUUUGUUCGUUUUUUUAUAUAGGAUAUAUUUAAGUUAUUUUUUGGGAUAUUUGUGUAAUAUCUUAAUGGUACAGGGUGGAUCAGAAAUAAGAUUUGACUUGACUGGCAACGCUAGUAAGCAAAGAUUCUCAUAUCUCUAUCACACUACCCUAAGCAAUGUUGCCAAACUGAUACUUUAAGCUCACUUAUUUAAACUACCCUGUAUAUUUUUCCAGGCAUUGCUGUUACAGAAGAUCCCAAUAAGUUAUUUAAUAUAAUAGAAGUAGAGAAUUUUAUUAAGCAAACAAACUAUAAUUAUUGUUAAACAUGUUUUAAGUUUUGAGAGAAAAUGUGUAAAUUCUUUCAAAAAAAAACAGUUCCGAUUCCCUUCCAAGCCCUUUCCGUUUUAAAAUAAUUAAGUCAUAUUUCGUACCCCUCCCAAGCCCCAGUACUAAUUUAAGUAGAAAAGUCACUUUAAUAAUUAAUAAUUAAAUAAAGUAGAACAAUUGGCCUUUGUUAGGGUCAAAUUAGGCCCUAACGCGGGCGCCUAACACGAAUGUAAAUAGGAGCAUUUCCACGGUGGGAAAGUCACAUCAAUUUUAUAUUUAGAGCACUGUACGUUGCCAUAAUAUGUUAAAAUUAACUCUCUUAUUGAUUAUAAACAUAAAAUAAUACUCAUCGUUAACGAUAUUAUAUUUAAAAUUUAGGUCACUAGUGAUGGUUUUUUUCUUUGGAUUUUCAUUUCGUUUUGGGUGGUUUGCAUAUACAGGGUGGAAGAUUCUGAGUUUUAUGAUUGGAUCAGGGUCAGUCGAGUUCGUUAGGUUAUUUUGGUACUACUGGUUUAAGCAGUUAGAAAUGUCCAUUUUCUCCCCAAAGAGAUAAUACCAAUUUUCAUUUAUCUAAUAAUGUGAUGUCUAUUUAAUUAAAUAUUGGGUUUUAAAAUUGUAAAGAUUAUCAGACGUAUUUUUUGAGCUGAUUAUUGGGUUAUUUAGCAAGCCCAACUGAAUAUUUUUUUUGUAACUGGUUUGGGGCAAAAAUUAAAAAAAAAAUAUUCCUUUUUAAAAUUAUUUUUCUUUUAUUAAUUUUCUUUUUUUGUAAUAAUUUUGUAGGAAUUUAUUUAGAUAUUAUUAAAACUUAUGAGAAUAUGCAAGUUAAGUUUUUUAAAGUGUUAGGCUGUGAUAUGUCAAAAAGAACUUUUUUUAACAUUUUGUUAACAUCAUAUUGUUGACAUUUAUUCCUUAACCUAAUCAAAAUACAUCAUUCCACUUUCUUUCUUUAAAUAGAAUGAUGUCUUUUUUAUUUCAAAAUUUGAAUUUACGUCAAAUAUGAAAUCUGUUUGCAAAAAAGAUUAAAAUCACUAUAUUUGUUAGGGAAUUAUGACAAAGUAUUUAACUGCAAUAAAAAAAAAUUCUUACCAAUUUUUUAUUAUUUAUCAUCUAUUAUGCCUGUUCAAACUGACCGCCUCCGACUUAAAAAAAAUUUCUUAUUCUUUCCUGAAAUGAGUUUCGUAUCGGCUGUAACAUUGUUGAUGUCACUAAUAAACAAGCAGGUAAUAAAAGCAACGAAUUGUGUUUUUCAUGUCCUUUGGGAAUCGUAGGUAUAGUAACCAUUACUUUAUCAUUUAUAAAUCGUCAUAAAGAAAUCAAGAGUGUGUAAAUCUGGCGAACGAGCAGGCCAGUUGACAGGACUACCUCGACCAAUCCACCUGUUAUCAAAAAUUUUAUUUAAAUAAUUACGGACCUGUAUGUCAUAAUGGGGUGGAGCUUCGUUCAGCUGAAACCACACGUUUUCUUUUUUUUAAACAUAAUUAAGUUUGCAAUAGGAUUUCCAUGAUAACGGGUAGGUUAGUAUGGUUAAUAUUCAAAUUAUGUUAUAAUUUAAUUGAAAUAUUUUGAUCAUAAUGCCGUAACCAAGAGGGAAAUUUAAUUUUUUUUGUGCAAACUUCCUUCACAUUUGACGUAGAUUCGAUUUUUAAAAUGAAAAACACAUUAUUCUAUUUAAAAUAAAACAGUGACCCUCCCUUCCCUCGAGGGUGUGAAAGCACGAGUGUUUUGUCAUAUCUCAUUAUAACACUUUAAAAAAUUCAUACUGUAUGACUUAAUUACACUUUACAAAAUUCCUAAAAUUACGCUUUAAAUCCCUUUGCUAAAAUUUCUAAUUUGUAUUUUUUUUGUAUAUCUAUUGACAAACUAAUUUAAAAGUUUAUUUUAUAAUGUCAAUACUUAUUUAAAUUGAAAAAAAUUACCCAAUUUUUAUGUUUAUCAAUGUAUUCUUUUAUACAUAAUAGCUAUUUUUUUAAAUUAUUAAGCAAGGACUGCUACUAUUUCCUCUUUCUAUUUACAAAUUGUUUUUCAAUUACAUUAUUGUAUAAAUGUAUAUUUUAAUGGUAAAAGUGUCCCUUAUCCAAAUUUCAAAAACAAACUGAUUAAAUUUUCUCCCCAUUUUAGGGUAGAGUGCUUCAAGAGUGCGCACUUAAGGUUUAAUCAGGUAAAAAAUCCAAACGAAUUGCGUCGAAAAUAUUUUUUUUUAUCUAUGACUGUUGAUACUUCAACAACAAAAUAAGGUAUAAUUCGCAAACUAAACAUCAGUACUUCAACAGAAAAAAUUAAACUUAAAAAAAGUGAUUUUGCGCACUCUUAUAAAACCGCUUUUUAAGAGUACGCAUUUAGUAUUGUAAGAGUACGCACGCAAUUUUAUGAAUAUAGGUCACAUGUAUAAGAUCCGGAACCCUCGUAGGCACUGCAUUUUUGAUGCCACCAUUCAGCACACAAUAUGCACUCAAUCCAGUCUUCUGUAACAGGUUCUUUAAAUGUUUCGUGGCACCCUGGACAGCUCCACAUUUUCUUAUGAGGCGGUGAUUUUGGCUUCUUCAAAACAGAUUUUCCAUUUUUCGGUGUCUUCUUUGCCUGUCUGAGGUUCACAGCGCAUUUUCUUUUUAAACUCCCUUUCGAAAGCUCUUGUGGUGGUGGUAGGUUAUCGCCCAUAUCUAGUUUGACUAUGGGUUUCGGUUUUUUUUUCUCUUUUUCAUCAAUUAGUUGGUCCUUAUAUGGGGAGCUGGUGAUAAUUUCCGACUUUUUGCUUCUGCGACUUGUUGAACUGAACGUAAUUGAUUUGGGUAAUGGAGAAAUUGUUGUUAAUUAAAUAUAAGUGGAUGAUGUUCCAGGAGUGUUCUAUAAAUCAAAUGUUUUGGUUUCUGGCGCUACAGCAACUGUUUGUUCCAAAGUUGAAAUGAUUGCAGAUGUGUUGGAAACCAGCUCUGUAGGCUGAGGUGAAUUUUUCUUAGUAGUGGAACUCUCAAGAACAACAGUUGGACUAUCAAGAACUUUGGAAGCAUUUUCAGAGGCUAAUUCAGAGAUUUGAUGAGGUUGAAUAUUGAUUUUAGAUGUUGAGUUAUCAGCGACUUCUAACUGAAUGUUUGGCGCUUCUACUGUAGCCGUAGCAGAAUUUUCUCGUUCUGUGACUAAAGUGGCCAUGAAGUCAGCUUCGGUAAAUAUAUCAUCAUUAAAGGGACAUAUCCCUGUCACUUUAAAACCUUCAAUCGCAUUCGUUGAAGUAGCAGCUUUAAAAUAUGCAGGUGCAAAUAUUGAAGCAACUUAGUAGACCGUAAUUACCCGCCCUGGAUGGUUCGUCAACCAUUUUUCACACUCGUUGGAAUAAAACUUUUUUAACGGGCUAAAAAAACAUCGGUCAAGUGGCUGCAUACCGUGGCUUCUAUGAGGAGGAAGUGUUAAUGCGAUAAUGUUAUAUUGUCGAAAAAAAUCAACUGCUGCAAUAGAACAAUGGGAAGUGUGGUUAUCCAUUAUCAUUAGUACUGGUUGUUCCUUUGUUGGCUUAGCAUGAUCUCAAAAAUGUGUGGCAUAAUCAACAAACAAAUCCUGAUUGAUGAAACUACUAUCAGAUACCAUUCCAAUUGAAGAUGGCGGAGCUCCGUCCAACAGUUCUGCCUUCAUUCUUUUACGUGGAUAUAUAAAUGCGGGAGGAAUAAAUUGUCCACUAGCAUUUAUUGCACACACAACAGUAACAUUGGUUCCCCAUUCUGCGCUUGAUAUUUUAUUGACACACCUUUUUCCUUUUGUAGAGAAAACUUUAGGGGGCUUGUUUGGGACAGUUGAAAAUCGCGAUUCGUCCAUAUUGUAAAUUGCAUGUGGCGGAAAUUUAUAUUUGUUCAUUAACUCCGAGAGGUUUUUAUAAAACCGCUCACACUGUGGUUUAUUAAACCCAACAGCCCUGGCGAUGCUAUUGUAGCGGUGGGUUGCCUUAAUGUAACAUCUUUGUGCCGUUUUAAAAAUCCACGCAGCCAGCCCUUGCCUGCCAUUUUUGAAGUUAUAUUAAAACGAUGUUUUAAUUUGUUUUUUUCAGCGAACUCAAAUGCUAGACUCUUAGAGCUUUAGAAGUUAACCCGUAAAAUAUGUUAUCUAUUGUUUUAAUAUAAUUACACAACUCUUCUUGCAUUUCUGCUGUUAAGGUAAUGUCGAAUCUUCGAAAUCUUCUUUUUAGCCUUUUUCUUAACGUGCCUUCCGCCAUUCCUAAGGAUUUUGCCACGCUUAUUUUACUUUCUCCAUUUUCAAUCCUCUGUUUUGCUGCCUCCAUAACCGCCGGUGAGCAUAAAGCACGUUGAGAACUUCGUUUUCUGCCAGACAUGCUGAAACACAAGAAAAAAUACGUUUUAUCCGUUAGAACAAAAAACCUGGUUUGUAAGAGUGCGCGCGUACUCUUACAAUAUUAAUGAUUGCGCACUCUUACAAAACGAUCAUGUUUUAAAAGGCGCCAGUGCUGCCUCCAUCUUGGUUCGAAAUUGUAAACAACGGUAUGAUUUAUACGAUUCUUCAAGGUUUAUUGUAAGCAUGACAAAAUAUGACCGCGAAAUUCUUGAAAACUACAGUUGUGUAAAAUAUCCAAAAUGUCAAAAUAUAAUAACAAAACAGAUAAAAUUCCUUAAAUUUACCUAAUAACGUUAUUAUCGCUGUUUAUUUGCUUAAAAUGCACAAGAAACAUGCAGACACUCCUCUUAAUCAGUAGAAAAACUAACACCUUGUUGUUGUCGACGACGUGCUCCAAAAAUCGACGAGUGCGUACUCUUAUUGACCGCGCACUCUUAGAGCACUCUACCCUACAUUUAAAAAUCCUUUUUUAUUAAAAAUUAAUCUAAUAGAAUAAAAUUAGAGUUCCUUUUUCAAGUUUCACAACUUCAUUUUUAAUAUUUUUUUGAUGAAAAAGGCCAGCAUUUUUUCUAAUUUUCCUCAAACGCAUAAAUCUAAUAUAUUUUGGAUCUUAACAAAACUAAUGAAAUGUAUCUUGUUAUACUGUCGGCAUAGAGUGAACCCCCUACGCCCACCUCAAUAUCCUACAGUGGCCUCCGGGAAUACAUUUAGCAAUUUAACAACUUUUAGCUCGCAAAGGUCUAACUUCGGACCUAAAAUAACCCUUUGGAAGGUAAACAUGGAUAUUUUUAUCUGACUAUUCGUUUGACCCUCAUGAGACUUGUUUGCAUUCUAUUAGGUUUGCUACCAGACUUAAAGUUAAACACUAACUAAAAACGAAUUUUUGUAUAACAAAAGGGAUAAUAAGUAGUAACGACCCUAACAUACAAAAACUAAUAAGACACCCUGUAUAUGAUUGAAAGCGUAAAAAAACACUCCUAAUGCUCAAAAAAUGACAAACUUAGUAUUAACCCUUUCCAUUUCCAACCCCCACCCAUUAUUAUUACUCUCUGUCCAUUAUUUGUGAGACUGGCGUCAAUUUUACCCAAAUUAAAGGCAAAUCUUAAAUUUGACGUAAGUUAUUAUAUAUUAGAAAAAAAAACAAUGUACGCGAGAAAACAUCUAUUUUUAUCUAUAAUGGUAAAAAUCCAUGUAUUCUUUCUUAUAUUAUUUUUGUUUAUUUAUUUUGUAGGUAAUGUAUAUAGGGCAAACAAAAAUGAAUGUUAUAGUGUGAAUGAAAAAUUCGUAUGCGUCGUGCCAAUAUCUCCUAAAUGUAACUAAAAGAAAAUCUGAAUGCUAAUUAUAUUACCUAAGAUACUUAAGUGUUUGCACCCCUGUAUUUAUUAUUAUUAUUAUUAUUAAUUUAUUAUAGUAAAACGGGCAUUUUUAUUAGUAUAUUUCGAUUGAUAAGCUGUACUAAUUUCAAGUUUCUUUCGAAUACUCUUAAAAGUGAUUUUUACUUGUACCAGGUUGCGAGUCUAUACGCGUUUUUAAUUUUUCCAGUAAUUUUCUUGGUUUUUUACGAAUAAAUUUGGCUUUUAGACAAGUUACGUAUCUGUGGUAUGUAAAAAUUUUAUUUAAGAUUUUUUAUUUGAAUAAAAUUAUAGAGAAAUAUA